AUGAGCACCUACAACCCUCCCACACUCGAGCAGCUGGCACUGGAGGUGAUGGUGAGGAAUGAUGCCAUAGACUUCUCUGAUGUGGAAUACCUGCCUACUAUGCUCUUCCCACCACUCUUCUUAGAGGCAUUCAAUAGGAGACGCACAGAGUUAUUGAAGGCAACGGUGGCAGCCUGGCCCUUUUCCUAUCUCCCUGUGGGACCAUUACUGAAAUCUGCUGACCUGGUGAUGAUGCAAGCAGUGCUGGGUGGCAUAGAUCUACUGAUGACCCAGAAUGUUCCUCCCAGGAGGAAGCUACAAGUGUUGGACUUUAGAGAUGUGCAUCAGGAUUUCUGGGAUGCUUGGGCUCGAAGAGAAGAUGGAGCGCGCUCACCAGAUACUUUGAGAAAGAAGCAAGGCCCAGGGAUUCAUUUUACUUAUGCAUUGCCUCAAGGAUUACAGAUGUUCACUAUCCUGGGCUUCCAUUCUCUGAAUAAAGCCCAAAAAUGGUUAUUCCGAAAGACCCAGAAGAAAAAUGACUCUUCGGAUAUAAUCUACAAAAAAAACCAACGAAUCAGAUUUCCAUAUGGUCUAAGCCACGAGUCUAGGAGCACAUUGGAAGGGACCGAUAGCUCCACCAUUUUUUUGGGGAGGAUGGCUUUAUAG